AUGGCGUAUGCAAGUGAUGAGAGUAUGUUCGAGUAUCUAAAUGUUGUCAGCAAGAUGUUUGAUAGUGAGGCUGAAGGCUAUGAAUUCUACAACAAAUAUGCUCUUGAAAAAGGUUUUAGUGUGAGGAAAAGCUACGUUGAGUGGGAUGGAUCCAACAAAUACAUAAUUUUAAGGAAAAUUGUGUGUAGUCGUCAAGGGUUUCGCGAAGAGAAGCAUAUGAAAAGAAAGAUGGAAGAUAGAAAGAGGAGGCCACGAAGUUUAACUCGUGUUGGGUGUAAUGCUAAAUUGGUCAUUACGAGACAGGAGGAAACCGGUCGGUGGUUUGUCAAGGAUUUCAUCGAUGAGCACAGCCAUCCUCUAGCCCCACGGGAUCUUUCUUGUCUGCUGCGUUCGCACAGACGAAUUAGCGAUGAGCAGAAAGCGGACAUUGCGGACAUGGAAAAAUGUGGGAUCCGCAAAUACCGUAUUAUGGAUAUUUUGUGCUUUCAAUACAGUGGAUUUGAUAAGGUUGGAUGCAUAAAGAGGGACAUUUAUAAUUUCUGCCAUGCUAAUAAGCAGGAGACAAUCAGUGCCGGUGAUGCUAAUACGGUGAUCAUGCACAUGAUGGCGAGGCGAGAGCGAGAUGUGGAUUUUUUCUUCAAGUACUUGGUAGACGAGCAUGGCCAUCUGAAGGGACUGUUCUGGGCUGAUAGUCAAUCGCGACUUGACUACGAGGCUUUCGGAGACGUCAUUGUUUUCGAUAGCACAUACAGAACCAACAAAUACAAUCUGCCAUUCGUGCCGUUUGUCGGGUUGAAUCACCACCGCAGCACUGUUAUUUUUGGCUGUGGUAUAAUUUCUCAUGAAACAAGCCAGGCAUACGAGUGGAUGUUGCGGACCUUUUCUGAUUGCAUGGCACAGAAGCAUCCGAUAUCUGUGAUCACAGAUGGGGACCUUGCAAUGCAGAGAGCAAUCAGGGUGGUCUGGCCAGACUCAAACCAUAGACUAUGUAUAUGGCACAUUCAGCAGAACAUUGUACGCCAUCUGCAUGAUGACGACGUAAAGGAGGAAUUCAGAUCUUUCAUUUAUGAUACUUCUUUCAUUGAAGAGCAUGAGAUAAAAUGGAUACAAUUCUUACAACGGAAUAAAGUAACCAGUGAGGAGUCUUGGCUGCAUCAGAUGUAUCAGAUGAGAAAGUUGUGGUGUGCUCCAUAUCUUGAGGGGCGUUGUUUCCUAGGAUUGAGCAGCAAUCAGAGGAGUGAGAGCUUGAACUCUGUGCUACAUACGCAUCUUGAGGGUAAGAUGUCGUUGUUUGAAAUGCUAGAGCACUAUGAGCGUUGCCUUGCGUCGCGACGGAUUAACGAAGCUCUCCAAGACGUCGAAGCCUUGCAGUCCGUUCCAUUUACAGAGGAAAAUGCUUCGCCACUUGAGAAACACGCCGCAACAGUUUUCACACCUAGUGUCUUUAAGAUGGUCUUAUGGAGCAUAGAUGCUGUCAGCAAAUGUCAGAUCAGAGAGAUACUAGAUGGAUCAGAAGAUUCCACUUAUGUUGUGUCCAAGCAGGAAAGAAUGGAUAAAAAGUUUGGAGUGCGCAUUGAAGAGCAAGGAGGUCUUUUGCACAGGAGGUACCGCGAGUUGCGGAAUUGUAGUCACGCCGCAAGUUUCAAGGCAUGCCACUCUGAUGAGGACUAUCACCGUCUAAAGAUGCUUUUGGAAGCACAACAUCAUGGCAAGCAAUCAAGUUUUGAACAAGCUGACAGCAAGGGGUCAACUAAUGCUCAGCAUAACAGCAUUAGGUUUGGCCCGUUGAUGCCGCACUCGGAGAAAGUUGAUAAGGUUCUGGAUCCCGUGCAUGUGCCAGGCCGAGGUGCACCGAAGAAAAGGCUGCAGGCAAAGACAAAGAAGUCAAGAUCACAGAAUAUGUGUGGCUAUUGCAAGAAUCCUGGUCACAAUCGACGUAAAUGCGCUAAAUUGCUAGAGGAUCUCGAGGCUGAACUGUGA